UCUCUGACCAGGGGGCGGGGUCGGCGGGACAUCACUUGCGCACGCACCGGCUGUCCCCGCCCCAUUCUCCCAGCAGCCUCUGAACCAAGAUGGCGGCUGCGGCCAGUGUGUCCUCUCCUACAGCCUGAUCCACUGCUGCUGCCGCUGCCGCUGCCGCUGCCACUUUCCCUGCCCGAACCAGGAGGCCCCCCAGGGACGUGGCACCCCUCUGCUCUGACCUUAGAGCCAUCACCAGGGAGAGCACCGGACUGAGCCAUGGCUGCUGCGGCCGGGGCCGCCGCCGCCCCCUGUGUGCCCAAGCGUGAGGGGCCCCCUUUCAUUAGCGAGGCGGCCGUGCGCGGGAAUGCAGCCGUCCUGGACUACUGCCGGACGUCGGUGUCCGCCCUGUCGGGGGCCACAGCAGGGAUCCUGGGCCUGACGGGCCUCUACGGCUUCGUCUUCUACUUCCUGGCGUCCACCUUGCUGUCUCUGCUGCUCGCCCUCAAGGCCGGCCGGCGAUGGAACAAGUAUUUCAAAUCGAGGCGGCCGCUCUUCACGGGGGGCCUCGUUGGGGGGCUCUUCACCUACGUCCUCUUCUGGACUUUCCUGUACGGCAUGGUGCACGUCUACUAGGGGAAGGACUGACCUUGCUGGGCCCCGGCCGCCCGCUCUAGUCUUAGUAACUUAUGUCUGAGGGGGUCUCUGGGGGAGGCCCGGAUUAAAUCAAAUGUGAAACCCAA